GCUGACUCCUCCCUCCGUUUCUGUCCCGCACUCCCUCUCUCUGCCUGACACACUCACACACACACACACACACAUAUAUAUACACACACCCUCCACCCCCAUCGCUGCAGUGUCUCAACUGCCUUAGAGCCAACGAGAGAGGAUAUAGAACACAGACGGUAAUAAGACGGAAAGAGCAAAGCUGAGAGAAAGAGAGCGAGAUGCAUGCCCUGCAUGUGUGCGUAAGACUCUGAUGAGGAAGAUAUGAUGAUGAUGAUGAUGGUGGUGAUGAAGCAGCAGCAGGACUAAAGCUGGAUUGCACACAUCCUUCCUCCCCUUGCAAGGUCUUGUCUGCAGUAUCCUUUGUAAACGGAUGCUGGCUUGUGAACACGACUUGGAGGACUUCAGCUAUCUGGGAGUCUGGGACUGCAGAAGAAGCAGAGCAAAAUCUGUCAGGAAGAUUUUUAAAAAAGCAGCGAGUAUCAGACUGGGGUGGCUGGUUGCAGUAGCCAAAGAAGGAAGACGAGCCAUGUGGGAGGAGAGUGAUAGUGCUUUGCUGUUCACACACGUGAGGCCCAAACACCAUCUCCACUGACAUCCACUGUACAUUGUACGGCCCUCCUCCACAGCUUCUCCUAAGAGAGAGCCCCUGCUAUGAACCCCAUCUCUAUCGGUUUGAGCAGCCAGUCCAAUUUCAGUGCCAGGCGCCGUGUGGGCAUCCCGCAAGUCUGGGUUCUGCCCACACAGGACUCAUAGACGGCCCCUGAAGAAAAAGAAUGAAAUAUUCCUGAGUCAAUUCUCCCCUGGUGGUUCUAAUGUCUAGUGCUAAAUUGGUCUGCUGCAUAGACUAAUCUGUCUCUGUUCCACCACUUUGAGAGAAAAUCCUUUCCAACUUUUCCAGCCUUACCUUUUGGGUAUCCAAUUUAUCAUAGUUUACUUUUUCAUUAAGCAGGAGCACGAGUUCCUUCACGUUAACAACGUGGUGGAGGACCAUGGGAUGCCGUCAGAGCUCCGAAGAGAAGGAAGCGGCACGGCGGUCGCGGAGAAUUGACCGCCACUUGCGUUCAGAGAGCCAACGGCAACGGCGUGAAAUCAAGCUUUUGUUGUUGGGUACAAGCAACUCUGGCAAGAGUACCAUCGUCAAACAGAUGAAGAUCAUUCACAGUGGAGGCUUCAACCUGGAAGCCUGCAAGGAGUACAAACCCCUCAUCUUGUACAAUGCCAUUGAUUCUCUCACACGUAUCAUCCGUGCACUCACUACCCUCAAAAUCAACUUUCACAAUCCUGAUUGCGCCUAUGACGCUGUGCAGCUCUUUGCCCUCACAGGGCCGGCUGAGAGCAAGGGGGAGAUCACAACAGAAUUGUUGGGGGUCAUGAAACGUCUGUGGUCUGACUCAGGAGUCCAAGAAUGCUUUCAACGAUCCAAUGAGUACCAUUUAGAGGACAACACUGCCUACUACCUGAAUGACCUGGACCGCAUCUCCGCACCUGAGUACAUCCCUACUGUAGAGGACAUCCUACGAUCGCGCGACAUGACCACCGGCAUCGUAGAGAACAAGUUCACCUUCAAAGAGCUCACGUUCAAGAUGGUCGAUGUGGGAGGACAGCGCUCGGAGAGAAAAAAGUGGAUCCACUGCUUCGAAGGCGUGACUGCAAUCAUUUUCUGUGUCGAGCUUAGCGGCUAUGACCUCAAACUCUAUGAGGACAACCAGACGAGCCGAAUGGCAGAGAGCCUGCGCCUGUUUGACUCCAUCUGCAACAACAACUGGUUCACCAACACGUCACUCAUCCUCUUCCUCAACAAGAAGGACCUGUUGGCUGAGAAGAUCAAACGCAUUCCUCUAACAGUGUGUUUCCCAGACUACAAAGGCCAAAACACCUAUGAGGAGGCGGCCGUCUAUGUGCAACGGCAGUUUGAGGACCUCAACCGCAACAAAGAGACCAAGGAAAUCUACUCGCACUUCACCUGUGCCACUGACACCAGCAACAUCCAGUUUGUGUUUGACGCUGUCACGGACGUGAUCAUCCAGAACAAUCUCAAAUACAUCGGGCUGUGCUAGGAUCUGACUUUGGGUAAGGGGGUGGGAACUUGGCAGCAGCUGGCCCACCACUAGGCUGGAUAAACAAAAGGCACGUGUGCGUGUUGGGUGGUUUAUCUAUUUGGACACACCUGCGAAGGAAAUGAAACAAAGAAACAAGACAGUUGGCGACAGACUGUAGAUUCGACUGUGGCAUUGAAACAACAGUCGGUGGUCAAAACAGGAUUUUUACCUGGUGUUUGCACUGAGUAUAUGAGUAUGCAAAGACACACAAGUACACACACACGCUUAUGUUUGCUCUCACACAGGAUCUUUGGAUGAACAGACAAGGCGACACUGGAUGUUUUAGACGUUGUCCCCGACCAGCUUGUCACACCUGAGACUGAGGAGCAGGUCUUGACUGGUGGCUUUAAAUUCCUUAAUAAAUAUGCCUGAGUCAGUUAAUGCUGCGGUACAAGACAAAUUCUGAAAAAUCAGUGCCCUCUUGGAGAUUUUUCUUUUCACCCCAACAAACGUAAACAGUGAGCACACCUGAUGAGAAGCAGGGAGUCAGCUGUCAGUAUUCAUGUUGUCAAAAGACGAAGUUGCCAAACUGUAAAACUGAAUAGAAUUUCUUUUUCUACACACUGCUUUUUUGUUUCUCCUCCUGAUCAGCUCUCUUUUAUUGUUAUUUUAUCUUCUUUUGUGGUUUAUAAAAGAAAAUGUUUCUCAAACCUGCCUUUCAUAGCAGGGUUCUGGCGUCCUCGUAGAACACCAGGAGAGUGUUACUCGGUAGAGUCAAAAGUAUGAUCAUUCCAGUUUCCAGCAAAAGACAAAGAAACAGUGCCAAGAUCAGUGUGUAAAUAAAACGAGAUCCCAUCUACUAUGAUUUCUGUUUGUUUGUUUGCUUAUGUUUUUAUGGACAAAUUAAAAAGAUGCAUGAUUUUGUUACUUUGGGAUACUAAUAUAUUUUUCUUUGGAAUUAUGUUUCUUUUUCUUAAGUUCAAAUAAUAUAUUCCCAAAAAUACACACACACAUAUAUAUAUAUAUAAAUAUAUAUAUAUAAAAGUCAAACACUGUGUACGACUGUACAGUUGUCAAA